AUGGCGGACACAAAGAACGACAUCGAGGUGGACAAGAAGAUCAUCCCCCUUGACCACGACGACGUCGAGGCUGAUAUCAAGAACGGCACCGUCACUGACCUCGACGAGGCAGAGUUGUUCCUCCAGCAACAUGGCAUUGCUCACUCCCGCCUCAGCGAGCUCAUGGCCGAUGAAGAUGCCCUCAAGAAACUCCGCAAGAAAGUCGACUGGUCUCUCAUGCCGCUCCUAUGCGGAACAUAUCUCCUCCAAUAUGUCGAUAAGCAAGCCCUCGGCUACUCAGCUGUUUUCGAUCUCUUCUCGACAACUGGCAUGACCUCAGAUGAAUACUCCUGGAUGGCGUCCAUCUUUUACUUUGCGUACCUUGUCGCAGAGUGGCCUGCCUCGUACCUCGCGCAGCGUCUACCAACAGGCACCAUCGUCAGCACGUUCGUCAUCACCUGGGGCUCUAUUCUCUGCCUCACAGCCGCUUGCCAGAACUUCGCUGGUCUAGCAGUCUGUCGAUUCCUCCUCGGCGCCUUUGAAGCUGUCAUCACACCUGCGUUUAUGCUCAUCGUCUCGCAAUGGUUUCGUCGUGAGACACAGCCUGCGCGCGCAGGUCUGUUCUACUGCUUCAACGGCUUCGGCGCCAUGUUUGGCGGUAUUCUAUUCUACGGCGUCGGCCAGGCAAAGGGGUGGGAUGUCUGGCGGACCAUCUACGUGCUCUGCGGUGGACUGACGAUCUGCUGGGGUGUAAUCCUAUUCUUCUUUCUUCCCAACAACAUCCUCACUGCGAAGAGAUUCAGUGUUGAGGAGCGUGCAAUGCUGAUUGCCCAGAGCGCGAGGAACAAGACGGGUGUGUUUAACAGGAAGAUCAAGUGGAAUCAGAUCAGGGAGGUCUUUGUGGACUCGCAGAUCUGGUUGUUGUUCUUCUUUACGCUGUUGAACGAGGUCAUCAACGGAGGUAUCGCGAACUUCUCCAAGUUGAUCGUCAAGGGCUUCACGCAUGAUGCGCUGUUGACGACGGCGUAUGGUAUUCCAUACGGUGCUUGCAACGCCAUCUUUAUGUUUACGGGACCGUAUGUGGCGUCCAAGUUCAAGAACGUGAGGACGAUCGUCAUGUGUGUUUGGCUUCUGCCCACGCUUAUUGCUGUCACCUUGUUCUGGCAACUUCCUCGCUCCAACAAGGGCGGUCUCCUCGCUGGUUACUACAUGUGCGCUUCCUUCGUUGGUGCCCUCAUCGUCGCUCUUCAAAUGCCCGCCUCAAACGUCGGCGGCUACACGAAGCGAACCACCGCCACAGCCUUCGUAUUCCUCGCAUACUGCAUCGGCAACAUCAUCGGUCCCCACGGCUUCAUUGGUUCCGAAGCACCAAUCUACCAAACUGGCUGCAAGCUUAUCAUAGGAUGUGUAGCAGGCCAAGUUGUCAUUGCGAUCGCUCUUCGCUUCGUGCUCAUCCGUCGAAACCGUCUUCGUGACGCUCAAGGCCCUGUUGUGGAGGAUGAGAAUGCCGUGUUGCAGGAUCUCACUGACUUUGAGAACCCCAACUUCCGAUACUCUUACUAG